ACCAUGAAAAUAAAUGGAGACAUGACUUUAAAUGGAAUAAAGACAAAAUAAGAUAAAGGUUCAGGGGAUUUUCUACCAGAUAUUAAACAAAUCUAGUGAAUGGGAAAUUAAAUUUCUAAUUAAAUAUGGUUUUGUGUGCCCCCUACUGGUGACAGUCUGUAACGACGAACAAGUGGCACGAAAAAGCAUUUUUCUUUUUUAAAGUGCUUGUUCGGUAAACAAAGAUGCAAAACAAAUGAGACUACAACUGUGAUAAAUUUCUGAGUAAUAUUUCAUUUUGUUUCUUCACCUUUUUUUAAGUUUAUUUACUUAUUCAUGACACACUUGUGUCUCUGAACCACAAACUGUUUCAACAAUCAAACCCUGAGCUGUUUUAUUUACUCUUGGCAGCAUUUUAUAAAAAUCUAAAAUUUUUCAAAAAGACUUUGAAUAGAAAAGAGCCCUGUAUUCGUAUGGGUUCUAGCCUAAAUUGCCAGGAUUUAAAAGAGGAUUUGACUUUGUUUCGCAAAAUUUAAAUAUUUCAGAGCGUUUAAGAUCAAACAUUUUCAAACGCUCUCCAAGGUGCUGAAAGCUUCCGCGGAUUCAUGUUUUUCUUUUAUUUUGUUGUGUUCUGCGUUGGUUAUUGUGAUCACUAAAAACAAAAACGUUUUUUUAAAUAACAGAAAACAAACUGUUUUGAGUCUUUUGCUGCGACACAGCCGAUCGUUUCCCCCCUCCCCAUCCUUCCGGAAGGCUGCAGCCGUGUCAGUCCGUGUCAGGGCUUUCUCUGUAAUGCAGCAUUUUGUUGUUGUCCAGCGGACGACACCGACUGCCCGCCCCAGCCUUCGUCUGAAUUUGCAGUCAUUAAUGCCUGAGCAGCAACAUGCCUUCUGCUCUGCGGUGGUUAGCCGUCCUCUUUGUCUCGUGGUGCGUUUGUGGAGAGGCUGCAUCCAAACGGAAUUUUAAAUGUCCUUCAGGUUGCUCCUGCUCCAAGGAGACCAUCGUCUGCAUCGGCACUUCACAGAUUCCCCGGACUGUACCGAAUGACAUCACCUCACUAAGCAUUGUAAAUGGAUCCAUUGCAGAAAUCGCAGAGGGGAUCUUUUCACUGAUGCCUUUUCUUCAGCUGCUGCUUGUAAAUGCCAACUCUUUGACCACGAUCAAAGAUGAUGCCUUCUAUGGUCUGUCACAUCUGGAGUAUUUAUUCAUUGAAGGAAAUAAGAUUCAGACCAUCACCAAAAAUGCCUUGCGAGGACUUCGAGCUUUGACCUAUCUCUCGCUGGCGAAUAACGGGAUGAGGUUUUUGCCAAGAGAUCUCUUUUUUGAUUUGGACUCAUUGAUGGAGCUAGAUCUGCGAGGAAACUCUUUCCAGUGCAGCUGUGAGAACAAGUGGCUGAUGACGUGGCUGAAAAACACUAACGCUACAGUAUCAGAUGUCCUGUGUGCAGGCCCCAAUGACAUGAAGGGCAAACGGCUCAAUGACAUCCCCAUCCCACCCGGUGAAUGUAUUUCUACAGACUUUGUGCGUCAUCAGUCGAUCCCCAUUCAGUCUCUGUCAGGAGACAUCUUCUCUUUUAAAGAAGACAUCUUUGUGGCGAUGGCUGCCCCAAACUCCAACAGCUGUGUGAUCAUGGAGUGGGAUCACAUUGAAAUGAAUUUCAGAAAAUUUGACAACAUUACAGGAAAAUCGGUUGUUGGAUGCAAGUCAGUCCUGAUUGAAAACCACGUCUUAAUAAUUGUCACCCAGCUCUUUGGUGGCUCACACAUCUACAAGUUUGACGAGCAACAAAACAAGUUCAUCAAGUUUCAAACCAUAGAGGUCUUCAACAUUUCAAAACCAAAUGAUAUGGAGGUCAUCCAGAUAGACAGUGACUUAUAUUUCCUGAUUGUAGACAGCUCCAAGGCCGGCAUGUCCACCCUCUACAAGUGGAGAGACCAACCAGAUCGUAAUGAAACUGGAUUUUAUUCCUACCAGUUUCUCCACGAAUGGUUUCGCGAUACAGAUGCAGAGUUUGUGGAGGUAGAUGGGAAAUCUUACCUUAUUUUAGCAAGUCGUUCACAGCCCCCCGUCAUCUACCUGUGGAACAAGAGUACGUUAAAGUUCAUAUACCACGGUGAAAUCCCAGAUGUUGAUGAUGUGGUGGCAGUAAAGGCAUUCAGGGUGGAGGGCGAGUUGUAUCUGGCUCUUGCUUGCUACAUAGGGGACUCGAAAGUCCUCAAGUGGGCCAACAAGCAGUUCACGGAGGUGCUGUCCCUUCCCUCUCGAGGAGCAAUGAUCCUCCAACCCUUCACCUUCGCAGACAGACAAUACUUGGCUCUUGGCAGUGAUUAUUCCUUCACACAAAUCUACCUCUGGGAUACGGAGACAAAAACGUUUCACAAGUUUAAGGAUAUUUAUGUGCAGUCUCCUCGAUCCUUCACUGUAGUGACCUCUGAUCGUAGAAGCUUUGUCUUCUCCUCCAGCCUAAAGGGAAAAUCUAUUGUUUUUGAGCAUAUAUUUGUAGAUCUCAGCUUGUAAAUGACUAAUCUUAGUACAUAGUCAGAAAUCUCACAUGCUGUACAGUGUUAUGCAACAAAUGACAUAACUCCACUCCAGUCCUGACAUUGAACUUUUGAGGAAAUUAUAAAAAUAUCAAGCAAUUGUAGAUGAAUAGUCCAUACAAGAAUGAAAAAAACUUAUUCAAUAAUCUGAAAAAUAUUUAUUAAAAGCAAACGCUGGGAUGAUGUUGCAUGAAAAUAAUGUUAUGGCUAAUCAGGCUUUAAAGGUUUGACUUUUGCCUUAAAAUAAACCAUAUUAAUGUGUCAAUUCUGACUGUCAGACUGUGGCAUAACCUCUAAGCACUGGAGUCAAUCCAACUAUUUGUUGCAAGUUCCAGACAUUAAAAACAAAAUCAAUUUGAAUUUUGUUUGCCAGACUGUCCUGAAACUUUUUUUUUUGUUUUAUCAGUGGGAAAACAAAUCAAAUAUUUAAUUCAAUUACAGUUCAAAUGCUGUACCCAUGAACAACACUUUCAGAAGUGUGGAAUUUGUUGAAUUGUAGUUGAAAAGUAGUCACAGAAAUGUAGAGUUUUCAUUUUCCCUCAUCACUACAGGAAAGGCUUUGUAGCCCAAAGGACUACUAGUGAACUGCAAAAGGGUUUCAGUUGCAGCAAUUUGUCGUUAUGGUUUAGAAUUUAGCAAGGGAAUGCUUUGACUUGUAACUAAAUCAAUAAAAUCAGUCCUGAGGCAUUUUUAGGUUAUGGCCUCGCAAUAACCUUCACUGAAAGGCUGAUUCUUAAAAAAAAAAAAAACACAAAAAAAAAAACCCAGAUGACUUUCCUUUUUAUUGAAACUCAGCUGAAUGUAGCCAAUGUAUCCUAUGAGCUUACGUGUCAGUGUUUUGUUAGUGCAUAAAUGCUACCGACUGCCUGGCUAAAAGCAAAUAUUAAUUUCUAUGCAAAAGUAGGAUUAAACUUAAAAAUGCCUUUUCACAAAUGUGAACCUUUUUCUUGGCAGUUUUGUUUUCCAAAUAUUUUUUAUAUAUUUAUUUACAAUUUGUAAAACAGUCUUUUUUUAAGCUGAUGUAGCAUGAUGUCAAGGUUAGGCGAUGUUCUCUGAAAAACUCAGCUCACUGUGUGCUGUUCACUUAAGUGUAUUUGUGAAUUUGGAUGUUUUCACUACUAAAACCACAGCGAUGUUGAAGAAGUGACUUUUUACACAUUUACUGCUUUGUGUUCAGUAAGAGAAUACUUUAUAAUUGCAUCAAAACUCUUUACUGCACCAUAACAAAUUGAAUUUCAUUCUGUUGUCAAUAAAUGAAAAGUGGCAAUAAGA